CGCCAAGUGGGAUUUGAACCGGGAAAGGAACGCGGCUGAAUAUAAAUACUUGGACACCCAAAGAGCGUCGCAGGAGCAACCAGAAGGGACGACAUUAGCAGAUUGGUUCAACAUCAUCAUGCAAAUGGAAGAGCGGAAGGCUGCAACCGACGCCCCGUCGCCCGCCAACGCGAGCAGUAGCAGCAGCAGCAACUUCUACCAAGGCAUGCAUCCGUACCAGCAAGCGCAGCUCAUGCGGCGACAGCCCUCGUGCCCGAUCUGCGGGUCGCAGUCGCUGCCUCCCAACAUGGUCCUUGAGCCGUGCCAGCAUCAGUUCCACUUCCACUGCGUCGAGGGCUACAUCCAGAACGAGAAGACGUGCCCAGUCUGCCGAACGCCCAUCCAGCGCCACCAAGGCAUCAACCGAUCCUUCCCGACCAUGGCCACGCAGGGCCAUCCACAUGAAUACCCGAUGCCACUCCACAGCCAAGGCCAGAGCGCGAUGCCCAUGGGUCGCCAGUCGUACGCGCCGCCACAGAUGCACGCGAUGCCUCCGACCAACGGCGGCAGCUACAACGGCCAGGCACCGAUUGGCCACUUUCCGAGCGCCAGCGUAUACGAGCUGCCACCCGAGGUCUUCUUGGAUACGUCGUACGAGCAGCAGGGGUCGAAUGCGCCCGGAAAGAUGCGCAAGGGCAAGUGGACGGCCGAAGAAGCGCUCUACUGCGACCGCCUCAUUGAAGAAUUCAAGCUCGGGAACUUGCCCUUGGCCGAGGGCACGACGCUGCGCACGUUCCUCUCCAAGCUCCUCAACUGCGACCCGAUGCGGAUAUCGAAAAAGUACACGGGCAACCAGUGCAUAGGCAAGAUCAUCUUUCGCAAAAAAGCUAAAGAGCCCUCAAAAGACGAGGUCGAGAAUACGCGCAAGCAGCUCGCCGAGCUCGAGCGCGUGUACCUCGAGCGUGAACGUAUGAACCAGCAGCGCCGCGAGAAGCGGCUCGAGACCGAGCUCACACGCGACCGGGGCCGUCUGCUCACGACGCGGCCCAUCUACCACAGCAUGCCCGGCCAGGCGCCGCCGUCCAUGGGCCAGGGCCCACCGCCGACUGCGCCACCUCCCGGGUACCAUCACCACCCUGGCAUGCAGCACCCAAUGCAACAACAACCGCAACACAUGCAGCCAGCGUACCCGCACCACCAUCACAGUAACAACAACAACAACAGCAACAACAACAGCAAUAGCGGAGCGAGCAAGACCAACGGCCAGGACGCUGAAAAGUCGCAGACAGGAAGCCGCCACGUGAGCCCACAACAGCACGACCCGAGCCCACGCCACACAUCGCCGCAUGACACGUCACCCUCCUCCCGCGUCAAGACGGAACCGACAUCAACAGAGCACAAGGACGACGAAGCCGAAGACGCCAAGCACCACGCCGACAACUUUCCGCGCGUCUCGUCGAUCGACAGCUUCUCGUCGCUCUUCCCACGCAUUGCGUCACUCGACUGCUUCCAAGGCCUCCAGUCCAUGUCCCGCAACCCAUCCUCGAUGUCGCUCUCCAACCACGGCGACGCAGGGAUGUUUCGGUCGCCGUCGCUCGAGUGCUUCAACGGCAUCCCGCGCGUCAACUCGCUCGAGCAAUUUUCAAAUUUCAUUGCGAGCAUGCCGCCGGCCGAAGCCUCCAAGAAGGAGACGCCGGUGGACCAUCCUUUUGCCGAGCCUGCACCGAAAGGAAAGCCGCCCAUGUCGGGCAUUGCCCGCGCCGCGUCGUCCGACAAGCUGCACACGUCGUCAAUGACGUCAUCAUCGACGAUGAGUCUCCCGCGCGUGCCGUCGCUCGACAAGGCGCUCGACAAAAUGCCGCGCGUUCCGUCCAUGGACCGGCUCCACGGCAGCGGCAUUCCCCGCGUGCCGUCGCUCGGCGGGCUCCCGCGCAUCAACUCGACCGAGGCCUUUCUGCAGCACAUUCCGUCCCUGUCGAAUCUGAGCGGCCUCAUGCCGUCGUUUGGGUCCUUUGACAAGCUGAGUUCACUCUCGAAUCCAACCAAGCACCUCGCGAUUCCGCGCAACUCGUCGCUCGAGGACAUUUUGUCGCUGGUCGCGGCGUCGGCCGACCACGAAAACAACCCGCGCCAUCUCAAGCGCAAGGCGGCGGAGAGCAGCGAGCCGCUCGUCGGCGGCAUCCACAAGAGCAAGCUGCCAAUGAACGCAUCGGAUGGCCUAUCGACAACUAGUAGCAGUCUCUCGGAGAAGAAGCAGCGCCUGUAAAGAAAUUUGAACCCUGUCGUGAUGUUGGU